AUGCCUGAAAAAGGUCUAGCAAUUCAUCAUCAUUACAAACUGGCUUUAAUUACUCAGGGUCCCCUAAUCCUGAGGAGCUCCACGGGAAAAGAAAGGACGCCGAACGUUUCAGAAAUCUGUCGGUCAAAAGUGAAACUUGGGACAAGGGCGCAAUUAAAUUGGACAAUAUGCAAGUGCUGGUUGGGCUCAGCCCACCAGGAAACGCACCACCAGGAACUCGGAGGCUUAUGUGGACGGGCUGGCCAACCUCGUGGCACCAGUCGCCCGCGAAGGAAAUUGGCCACUAUCGGAGGCACCCCGACGCGGAAUGGACUCACCGGAGAUCUGGAGUCCGAGAAUGUGGACUGGGCUGUCGAUGUAAGAAUCGUCCGUCUACCACGUUUGUCUUCUUGGGUACUACUGAACGGUGAUCCGUAUAAUCACGCAAUGUUCCCUACCAUCUUCCCCAGGCUCUCUCGAAGAUGGGUCAACGGACAUCCCCAAGGCCAUCUAAGAGAAAUCACAAUCGGAAUAUUCUACAAAUUAGAUACCAAUCUCCUCCUGGAAUCACUCCAACUGCAACAUCAACCAAGGAUUUCGAGAGGUGCCACAACGAGGUUUGGCGAAACGAUAAAAUGCUUAGUAGCUGUGGAGGAGGCCAGGAAUCCGAGCAGAUCGUACGGCGCCCUACGCGGGGCCCACGCUUGCCGGGAAGUUUUGCGAUCCAUUUUUAGUGCUCUCGUUUAAUUUGUGUACCCAUUUCAG